AUGUCGGCUGGGCGCGCGUCGUCAUCGCGCCAGCCGGAGGGAUCGAGAGCGCCUAGCGGCCGAGUUUAUGCCGCUCAAGUGGAGGAGCAACCUGCAGCACCCGACGACGUCGUGUCAGGUAUUAUCCUAAUCAAAGGCAUUAGAGCUAGAGCAUUGUUUGACACUGGCGCAUCUCAUUCAUGCAUUCGUGCAUCAUUCACUCGGACUCACGACAUCGAAAUAGUCAAUAGUCAAGAAGAUUGGUGGAUUGAUUCCCCCGAACAUUCGUUCAGAGUGCGUAAGAAAUGUUUGGCUUGCCUGAUUCAGAUCGGUGAUUGGAUCAUGCCAAUAGACUUGCUGGUACUGAACAAAAUGUGGGGAUUUGACGUAAUCUUGGGGGUCAACUGGCUCUCCAAGUACUAUGCGAUCAUAGAUUGCGAGCGCAAGGUGAUCACUUUUCGUGAGCCUAAUCAAGAGGAGUUAGUGUACCGGGCGUAA